CCUUUUCCGCUAAGUUUUCAGACAUGGUAGGUUUAUUCUCUCAAAAAUCCGGAAAAAUCUUUCUUUAAAGUCGUUUAACACGAAAAUUUUAUUGUUGAAUUCGUCGAAUAUUCUCUCAUUAACAUGAUAUAUUCGAUUUGUGAUACUUACGGCUUUAUUUGAAAAUAUUUGUCGCUUUUUUCUUGGCCGCUGCUGGCACUACAUUUGAUUUCCUUGAAUCGGAGUCAAACGAUCAAGCACGGCCUAAAAUAAGCAUGUAAAUCAAGCUAAUGAGUGAUAGACAACGUAUUCAUUGGUUCAAGAGCAUUGGUACAUAAUGAAUUUUCUGUUUUAGGGGCGAGGACCGAAGAAACAUCUGAAGCGUUUGAAUGCGCCAAAACACUGGAUGCUCGACAAAGUCGGCGGUGUAUUCGUGAGUAUUUUACAAUAUUACUUCUAUGCCGUUAUCGAAGCUCUAAUAUGGAUAAACUGUAUUUGGGUCAUGUUACGGCUAGAUUAAUAAUUUCUGACGGUCGCCCGUUUAGAGCUCCUGUCCUAUUCGUGCAUUACCAACUGAUAGUAACAUAAAAUUUUCCAAUACAGGCGCCGAAACCUAGUGCUGGACCACACAAAACUAGGGAAUGUCUCCCAUUGAUGAUAUUCUUGCGUAAUCGUCUAAAGUAUGCUUUGACCUACGAUGAAUGCAAGAAAAUUGUCAACCAGCGCUUGAUUAGAGUAGACGGUAAAGUGCGAACUGAUAAGACCUUCCCUUGCGGUUUCAUGGAUGUCAUCACCAUCCAAAGAACUAAUGAGCACUUUCGUCUAGUGUAUGAUGUUAAAGGCCGAUUCAUUGUUCACCGUAUUACCCCUGAAGAGGCCAAGUAUAAAUUGUGCAAAGUAAAAAGAAUACAGGUUGGCCCUAAAGGUGUACCUUUCAUCGUUACACACGAUGCUCGUACCAUCCGUUACCCGGAUCCCCUUAUUAAACUAAACGAUACCGUACGUGUCGAUAUUGCAACCGGAAAGAUCAAGGAUUAUCUAAAGUUCGAUUCCGGUAUGAUUGUUAUGAUCACCGGAGGUAGGAACUUGGGAAGAGUUGGAACCAUCACACACCGUGAAAAACAUCCCGGCUCUUUCGACAUCGUACACGUAAAAGAUAAGGAAGGACAUAUUUUCGCUACUCGAUUAAACAACACCUUCAUCAUCGGUAAGGGCAGCAACCCCUGGAUUUCUCUACCUAAAGGCAAAGGUAUCAAAUUGUCGGUUGCAGAAGAGAGAGACAAGAGAAUCGCCAAGAAAGAAAUCUAAAUGAACGAUUGUUUAUGUAUGUGCGUGUAGUUUUAAAAAUAAA